AUGGUCAAAACUACAAUACUAAAAAUGAAAGUACUGAAAGCUAAAAAGCUGCCGGAAUCUAAAAGACUGAGUAGAAAGUUUUUAAAAAUUCACAAAAAGAAAUUUUCUGUGAAUGAUACAAUAUUAGUAAACGAAGAGCAUGAUAAAUCUGCAGUUGCUACGAUUGAGAAGAUAUAUUGGAAUUUUGACGAAGAGAUUGGCCAAAUUAAAAUCAGAUGAUUUUAUAAGCCAAAAGAUAUUCCAGGACUCAAAAAAGUUCACGCAAGAGAACUAUUUGACAGCAAUUUAAGGCAAGAAAUUGAUAUGGAAAUGGUAAAAGGUAAAGCAAAAGUUCUUAAGCUUGAAGAUUUUCUAAAAGAAAACGACAAAAAUGCAUAUUUCACAAGAUCAUUUUAUGAUGCAACUACAAAAAAAAUUGAAGGUGAUACUACACCUAUUUCUUAA